GGAUGAUUGCUGGUUGUUCGUUGUGGUCUUUGAUUGUACAGAGCAAAGGACUUUGUUUUGUAUUCGCACAUAAUUACACAGACUAUCUUGGUGAUUGCUGGUUGCCAAGGAAUGAUUGCUGGUUGUCUGUGAAAGAAAAAUGCAGUGGAUCAGUAAAAUUCUUUUGGGAACUACAUGAAUCAGAGUUAGUUGAUAAGAAGUCAAAAUUGCAAUGGAAAGAAGGGAUGUCUGAAUUUGAAAAAAUAGGUCUACGCCAUCUCCGAGAGACUUCAUCUGCUGUGUAUAAUAAAGCUGAUAUCUGUACACCAAAGCGAACCAUUACGCUAGAAAAUAAAGAGAACGAAAACCUAUGUUAUGAUACUUCACCGAAGUAUAUAUGCAAAAAACCAUUACCAAACCCUUUUUUGGUGAAUCAACAAGGGAAAAAACGUG